AUGUCUAAACACAACCAACGCCAACAGUCUGACGAGCAGAAUCAGAAGUAUGUUCCAUCUACUCGAAGCAUCUACUACGAUAGCCGUAUCGCAAACGCACUGUUCCCGCCUCGCUAUCCCACCAACGUUUCCGAUACAGCCAUCUGGGAAGAUGGAUUGAGGGAGAUCGAAGCGUUCGAUUGGUUGAGGAUCGACAACGAAGAGGUGUACAAAGAAGGUAAGGCGUCACCCCCCGAGACUGACCUCACUCCCAACCCCGGUACUACUGUAGAAGACACUCGCAGUGACCCAAUGCUCGAGCUGGAUCACAUCUCAGCUGAGACUGCAACGACACCAGUAUCUGAGGCGUUUAAACUGUACAAACCAGUUCCUUCACGUACCUCACCUCCAGGGAUCCUCGAGCCUACACCAAUCUACGAGCCAACCAACCCUGUCCAGUCGUACUCGAGCACUCCAGUCCGUCCGAGUACUCCACCCUGCCAGGAUCCCCUCGUCGAUCCAGUCGUCCAGACCCCUCAAAGCGUCCAUCCCCCUCGAACCCUCGAGUAUCUUCAAAGCAUUCGGUAUUCCCCGCCCCUUGAUUACAUUCGCGAGAAGAAGGUCGCAGGCGACGAAGUCUUGGUCGAGAUGCUGUACAACACAGUGGUAUUUGACCCCCCGCGAUUCGCUUCCGAUCCCACCCAAAACGACUCUAACACGUCCCAGGAAUACUUCAACAACAUGAGGAUCCAUGAACAAGGUAACACUCCCCCCGCUACCCCUCCUCGUCCCAUUGCCCCCUUGUCCCCCACCGCCCCUAACAAGAAACGAAAGUACAAAGUCAUUCACACUGUCCCUCUUGUCUGGCCAACCCCCGCCCCCCAAAAGAACCGACAGUACAGAGUCAUCCACACUGCCCCUCUUGCCUCGCCGACUCCCGCCCUCAAAAGGAUCCCAAUGUACAAGAAUGUUAAUGUCAGGUCAAAAGCUUACCUCGCCGGCCUCGAGCAUCGCAACAAGCGCGCCAAAGCCAAAUCCGACAAUCGUCAUAAAGCACCAAUCCGCACUGCAUACGCUUCUGCUUCCGCUUCUGCUGCCAAGGAGCCUGAUCGAGGAUGCGGAUGGAGAGUGUUAAGCCGAGAGUACGUGGUUGAGAUGAGAGGUUGA